AAAAAUUAAUAAAAACUUUUACUCAUAAUGUCUCUGUCAGAAAAUGAACAGAAAAAUCUUGAAAAAGCACAGAGUGUUAUUGGUCGUGCUAAAUGGUAUAUGGACUUUCUUGGAAUAUGGCCUUUCGAAAGAACAAGCUGGAAAGAUAUUAAAUUUACAAUAUUAACAAUAUUUUUUAUAAUUCAUAUGAUAACAAAAUAUAUAGAUCUCAUAGAAGUGUUUGGUAAUAUUGGCUUAACUGUUGAAAAUUUCAGUGAAACAGGUUUUCAAUCUGUCAUUUUGAUUAGAAUGUUGUCAUUGAGAAUUGAUAAAAAAUUGCAAAAAUUAUUAACAAUAACAUUUGAAGAUGUUGAUAUGAAAAAUUACAAGAAUGAUGAUGAAAAAAGAGUAUUUAUAAAAUAUCAUCUUUUUUUAUAUAAAUAUUUAAUUAUUGGACAAUUUAUUACACUCAGUUCAAUUACUUAUUGGCAUUUUAAACAAAUUCCACCUUAUAUUGCAUCACGAUUUACGAAUGAAUCAGUAUUGUUAUUACCACCUUAUCGCAUACGUGUUCCAUUCGACACAUCACCACUCAACCGAAUUAUAUUCAUUUAUAUUAUUGAAUUACCAAUAAUUUAUUUAUGCAAUAUAUAUAUUUUGACAAUAACACUUCAAGGAUUAAUUGUCUUAAAUGUUUGCACGCAAUUGGGAUUACUUGGAAAUAGAAUGAAAAUAUAUUUUUCAUAUAAAAAUGAAAAUAAAACAAUAACAGAAGAUAAUUUUUUUAAAAAUCAUGUUGAUAAACAUUGUCAACUGAUUUCAAUUGUUCGAGACAUGGAUCGUAUUUAUUAUACUCAAUUAUUUUUUGAGCUUUUACAAUUUACUAUUUUAUUGGCAUUAAUUACUUAUAUUUUCACAGUGUUACUGAGUAUGGGUGAUGUCAUUGGCAUGAUCUCUUUGGGAAUUUAUUGUGGUUGUAUGUUAAUGUGGAUAUUUAUCCCUUGUUAUUUGGGUGAAUGUUUGCUCACUGAGGUUGAUAAUCUUCGAGAAACAUAUUAUCAGUGUUUGUCACAUAGCAUGUCAAUUGAUGAUAAAAAAAAAUUAUUAAUUUGCAUGGCUAUUGUUGAUAAACCACUUCACAUUACAGCUGGAGGUUUUUACAUAUAUACUUUAAAUUCAUUCCUGAUGAUUAUAAAAUCAUCAAUGGCAUAUGUUUCUAUACUUCGACAAAUGGAAUAA